AUGGCAGUGGUUCAGGGCAUUGCUGAAGAGCCAAAAGCAGUGGAACAAUGGUUCUCGAAGCUCGGCCACGACAAUGAAAAAUGGCCCAAGCCAAUUCUACCUCCACAUCACCCACCUCAAGACAAAGUCUUUACAGACAACUCAUUGCCGUUAGAUCCUGAACCCAAUUCGCAGAUUGUGGAUCGAGCUCAGGGAUUGUUCGGUUCAGCUGCGCUGGACGAAAUUAGUCUACUUAUGACCAUGAACUUUGUGUUCACACAAGGGGAAUACAAUGGUAGCACUCUCAGUCUGCUUGGAAGGAACGCAGUGUCCCAUCUGUACCGUGAAAUGCGGAUCGUCGGCGGAACUGGUGUUUUCCGAUUAGCCCAGGGAAUUGCUUCGGCAAAGACGGCUUCUUUCAGUACUAUCACGGGUCUGUUGGUUGAGUACAAUGUCAUGGUCAUUCAUUAUUGA